AUGAGCGGAGUAAGCCAGGAGGCUGGUAGUGAGGAUCCUGGUAGUGAGGAGACUGGUAGUGAGGAGGCUGGUAGUGAGGAGACUGGUAGUGAGGAGACUGGUAGUGAGGAGGCUGGUAGUGAGGAAGCUGGUAGUGAGGAGACUGGUAGUGAGGAGGCUGGUAGUGAGGAGACUGGUAGUGAGGAGGCUGGUAGUGAGGAGACUGGUAGUGAGGAGGCUGGUAGUGAGGAAGCUGGUAGUGAGGAGACUGGUAGUGAGGAGACUGGUAGUGAGGAGACUGGUAGUGAGGAGACUGGUAGUGAGGAGACUGGUAGUGAGGAGACUGGUAGUGAGGAGACUGGUAGUGAGGAGGCUGGUAGUGAGGAAGCUGGUAGUGAGGAAGCUGGUAGUGAGGAGACUGGUAGUGAGGAGGCUGGUAGUGAGGAGGCUGGUAGUGAGGAAGCUGGUAGUGAGGAGACUGGUAGUGAGGAGACUGGUAGUGAGGAGACUGGUAGUGAGGAGGCUGGUAGUGAGGAGACUGGUAGUGAGGAGGCUGGUAGUGAGGAAGCUGGUAGUGAGGAGACUGGUAGUGAGGAGACUGGUAGUGAGGAGACUGGUAGUGAGGAGACUGGUAGUGAGGAGACUGGUAGUGAGGAGGCUGGUAGUCAGGAGACUGGUAGUGAGGAGACUGGUAGUGAGGAGGCUGGUAGUGAGGAGGCUGGUAGUGAGGAGGCUGGUAGUCAGGAGACUGGUAGUGAGGAGGCUGGUAGUCAGGAGACUGGUAGUCAGGAGACUGGUAGUGAGGAGACUGGUAGUGAGGAGACUGGUAGUGAGGAGGCUGGUAGUGAGGAGGCUGGUAGUUCCUGUUCCCGUUAUCGCGCUUGA